AUGGCGACAACUACACCCGCCACGGCGCCAACAAACGCCAUGGUCGAAGAGACUCGACUCUCAUCUGAUGAAAAGACUGAAGUCGGCUCUAAUAACAUCAUGGAUACAACUGCCGACAACAAAGAGCCACAAGCUGGUGCUGGCUCCAUCAACGCUAGCAAUGUCAAUCCCGCUGAGGGAGAGCCUCAAUAUCCUGGCGCUGCCAAGCUCACUCUCAUUAUCUCAUCUCUCUGCCUCGCCAUUUUCCUCGUUGCUCUGGACCAAACCAUUAUCGCACCCGCUCUUGGAGCCAUCACUGCCCAGUUCCGGAGUGUCAAGGAUAUUGGAUGGUAUGGUUCCUCUUACCUUCUCACCACCACGGCUCUGCAGCCCAUGUACGGAACUAUCUACAAGUACUUCAAUGUCAAGAUUGCCUAUCUUGUCGCUGUCUUCAUCUUUGAGAUUGGUAGCUUGAUCUCGGCCGUUGCGCCCUCUUCUGUUGCCUUUAUCGUUGGACGAGCUAUUGCAGGAAUUGGAACGGCUGGUCUUUUCUCUGGUUCCAUCGUUAUCCUGUCUCUCAUCAUGCCUCUUGAGAAGCGACCUCUUGCCUUUGGUCUUAUUGGCGGUAUGUGGGGUAUUGCUUCCGUUGCUGGUCCUCUUCUUGGUGGUGCCUUCACCGAGCAUGCCACCUGGCGAUGGUGCUUCUACAUCAACCUUCCCAUCGGUGGUCUCGCCAUGAUCAUCGUCUUCUUCUUCGUCCAUGUCAACCGCAACAGCUCCGACAGCGUCAACUUGACUUUCAUGGACCGUAUCCGCAAGCUUGACCUUGCUGGCGCUGCCAUCUUCAUCCCUGCCAUCGUCUGUCUUCUACUCGCCUUGCAAUGGGGUGGUGCCGAUUAUGCUUGGAGCAACUCGCGCAUUAUUGGUCUCUUCUGUGGUUUCGGAGCCAUGAUUGCUAUCUUUAUCGGUAUCCAGUUCUGGAAGGGUGACGAGGGAACGCUCCCUCCACGUUUGUUCAAGAACCGCAACACCCUGGCUGCCAUGGUCUUCGCCAUGUUCUUCGGUGCUGGUUUCUUCCCUCUCAUCUAUUACCUUUCUCUCUACUUCCAAGCCAUUCAGGGUGUUAGCGCCGUCCAAGCUGGAAUCAAGAUUCUCCCACUUCUCCUCGCUACCGUUCUUUGCUCCAUCGUCACUGGAGGUCUUAUCACCGCUAUUGGUUACUACAACUUUGUCAUCAUCCCUUGCAUGGUUCUCUACACCGUCGGCUGCGGCAUGCUCACCACCCUCGAUGUCAACUCUCCCCUUAAAGAGUGGUUCGGCUACCAGGUUCUCGCUGGUCUCGGUAUUGGUGCAGGUUUCCAGAUCGGCGUUCUCAUCGUACAAACUGUACUGCCUCAGGAGUGGGUUCCCGUUGGUACUGCCUGCGUUCAGUUCGCACAAGCUUUUGGUGGUGCCAUCUUCAUUGCGGUCUCUCAAACCGUCUUCCAGAACGGCCUCAUCGACACAAUCAAGGCUGAUAACAUUGGCAUUGAUCCUACCAUUUUCCUCAACAGUGGUGCUUCGGAGAUUGAGGACACUUUGAGAAAGAUGGGCCGUCUGGACGCUCUGGACACUGUCCUGGAGGCAUACAUGAAGGGUCUCCGAGACACCUUUUACAUUUCCCUGGCCUGUGCUGCUUGUGCUCUCAUUUCUUGUCUAUUCUUCCAAUGGAAGUCUGUCAAGAAGGGGCCUGAUGGCGAGGAUAGAAAGGCCGAGCCUGCUGUGCCCGUUUAA